GUUGUCAUCAUCAUCGUCACCAUCCUCACGAGUCCUCCGUAGGGGGCAACUGCCAUUAUUUCAGGAGCAAGCAAGCGAGAGAGGCCCGUGCCAAUGCCGGGACGCAUGGCCGCUCUUGGCCGGUCCCGGAGUCCCGAGGGAGACGGGGAGGAGAAGACCAUGACCGUUCCGAUCUCCGAGAAGUGCGAGCACGAGGCGGACGACACCGGCGGCGACUGGAUACUGCUCGAGGACGUCGGCGAGCUCGCGGGCGAAGCUGAGUUGCAGAGACGGCGCAGGGGUGAGGCAGUGGAUGACGUCAGCUCUGGAGACUGGAAGCAGCAGCGCCCUGGUGCGCUCGAGGAACGGGACACAUUUGACGUCAUCGUGCGCGGCGGAGGCCGCGACCGCUCGCGGAGCAAGCGUGGCCCACCAGAGAACGACCUAUGGGUGGUCGACCUGGACCUUGAAGUCUGCAUGCCAAUGGCCGUUGUUGCCCUGCUAACUGUGGUCUACAUAAUAAACUCGGUCCUCGGUCAUGCGUUGAGCGCUCCGGAGGUCCCGGCUCUGCUCCUGGCCAGGGUGGUGGCGUACGGCUGCGCGUCGAACGCCGUGUCCUGGUCCAAGCCGCGCCCCCGGCACCGCGCCGAGAACCACGAGUGGUGCGCUGCGCCGUACUUCAAGUUGGGCCUGCGCGCGUUCACGUUGCUCGCCUGCUGCGGCUUCGACGUUUACCUGCUGUCGCACGGCGUCCCGGAGUUGCUCGAGCGUUUCAACACGACGGCCAGGCUGUUUGUCGGCAUGAUGGACGGCGACUACUCGACUUGCGCAGCGUCCAACGGCGACCCGAUCUCUACUCCGUGCACGGCGGCGCCGUUUAAGAAAUUGAUUGCAGGCGAGUCCUACCUGCGCAUAUUCCUGCGCCUCUACGAUGUGCUGGCCACGCCAGGGUACAACGAUCUCAUCGAGAAGGUCCAGCAGAUGGGAAUGCUGCACUGCGCGAAAUGCGUGGUGGUCCUCUAUGCCUCGUUCACGUCCACCGUGACGAUCGCCCUCGUCUUGGCCAUUGCGGCGGUUGUUUUGCAGGCAAAUUGCGUGAGCUUCAAGAUCGCCUCCACCUGGAACAUGUGCUGGCAGCGGGACCAGAGAAAAGGACUCAUUCGCUUUUGCAGGGAGAUGCCGCGCCUGCUUUCUCGCUGCCUGUUCGACUGACGAUAGGAAAAAAAAGAAAGAAAGACGGGCACACAGUCUAAUAAAUUGA